CCUUCGGGGACUGUGGGAGGUCAGCGCGAGGAGCAUCCCUAGAGCUCCCUGGAAUGAGAGGCUCCAGGCUACAAACUUUCGACCAAUCAGAGCGCUGCGCUGCUCGCACUGUAGCGAGAACAAUAUGGAAGUGGGACCAGGAGUGAAAGAUCGAGAGAAAACCCCGCAGAUUUUCAGCCACAGUGAAUCCCAAUGUCACACACUCGCUCUCUGUAAAAUGAUUAUCUGCUGUCACGCUAGGAGCGCUUUCUGAGUAAUGACAAUGUUGGGUAUGUACGUGCCGGACAGGUUCGUACUCAAGUCCUCUAAAGUCCAAGAUGGAAUCGGGCUUUACACCGCCAGACGGGUGAAAAAGGGCGAGAAGUUCGGUCCGUUCGCUGGAGAGAAGAGGAUGGCUAACGAGCUAGAUGAUAACAUGGACCCCAGGCUGAUGUGGGAGGUCAGAGGGAGUAAAGGUGACGUGCUCUAUGUUCUGGAUGCCAGUAACCCUCGCCAUGCUAACUGGCUGCGCUUCAUCCACCAGGCCCCAUCUCAGGAGGAGAAGAACCUGGCGGCCAUCCAGGAUGGGGAAAAUAUCUUCUACCUGGCUGUGGACGACAUUGAGACUGAUACAGAACUGCUGAUUGGCUACCUGGACAGUGACAUGGAGGAAGAGGAGGACGUUGAGGAAGAGGAAGUUGUUAAAGAUGAAGAUGAAAACAGCAGAGAGGGCAAACAUCUUGCUGAGAGCGAGCUGGUGGUGAUUAAGAGAGAGGAGCACCCCUGCUUGCUGUGUGAGAGCAGUUUCCCCAGUGAGGAGAUCCUGGCGGCUCACCUGCAGUCUCUGCACCAGCGCCCCAGCACCGAGGACAAGGAGUUCAAGUGCCGCAGCUGCGGGAAGAGGUUCCCUGUAAAACAGGCCCUGCAGCGCCAUGUUCUGCACUGCUCAGAGAACGUGGAGCCUGGCUGUGAUUCCACCCACAUUCACCAGUGCUCCCUGUGUCACAUCAGCUUCAGCUCAGAGUCCAGCUUUGAUCAGCAUAAGGAGGCCUGUAAGGGGGACGCCAGGUUUAUCUGUAAAGCAGAAAGCUGCGGGAAGAGGUUCAAAAGCAAGGAUGCCCUGAAGAAACACAAAGGGAAUGUCCAUACAGGAAGUGGCCGUCGGAAGCUGAUGUGCUCCAUCUGCAGUAAGAAGUGCUCCUCAAUGGCCAACCUGCAGGAGCAUCGCAAGAUCCACGAGGUGUUCGACUGCCCUGCCUGUGACAAGAAGUUCAUCUCCUCCAAUCAGCUCAAGCGUCACAUGAUCACCCAUUCAGAGAAGCGCCCCUACACCUGUGAGGUGUGCAGUCGCUCCUUUAAGCGGCUGGACCAGGUGACAGCGCACAAGAUCAUCCACAGCGAGGACAAGCCCUACAAGUGCAAGCUGUGCGGGAAGGAGUUUGCCCACCGGAACGUCUACAAGAACCACAAGAAGACCCACUCAGAGGAGAGGCCCUUCCAGUGUGAGGAGUGCAAAGCGCUGUUCCGCACACCUUUCUCCCUGCAGAGACACCUGCUUAUACACAACAGCGAGAGGACCUUUAAAUGCGAUCAGUGUGACGCCACUUUCAAGCGCAAGGACACGCUGAACGUGCACAUACAGGUGGUGCACGACGGACACAAGAAGUACAAGUGUGACCUUUGUGAGAAGGCCUUCGUCACACCGUCUGUGCUCAAGAGUCACAAAAAGACCCACACAGGUGAGAAGGAGAAGGUGUGUCCGUACUGCGGCCAGAAGUUCGCCAGCAACGGCACUCUACGGGUACACAUCCGCAGCCACACAGGUGAGCGCCCGUACCAGUGCCCAUACUGGCAUGACAAAUGUAACAAAGCCUUCAGCCAGAAGAGGGGUUUGGAUGAGCACAUGAGGACCCACACUCAGGUGUGCGAUCUCUCCUUCAGCCUGAAGAAGAUGCUUAUUCGGCACAAACUGACGCACAACCCCAACCGUCCAAUGGCGGAGUGCCAGCGCUGUCAUAAGAAGUUCACCCGUAACGAUUACCUGAAGGUGCACAUGGAGAACGUGCACGGGGAGACGGACGCUUAGCCAGGGGGCGGGGCCAACAGCACAGCCAAUCCGCAAGCUCUCGCAGCUGAUGGAAGGCUUCUCUGGAUGAGCUCAACUGAGGAACAGCUUUCAAAUGAGUGGCGGGUGCAGCCUCAACCACACUGAUCUCGGACACUGAUCUCUGCUGAUCUCAGAUCUCCCACCUCUGAUCACUGAUCUCUGCUGAUCUCAGAUCUGUCUCUGAUUGCUGAUCUCUGCUGAUCUCAGAUCUCCUUUUUAUGAUCGCAGAUCUUUGCUCUGUGAUCGCUGAUCUCUGCUGAUCUGAAAUCUCCUGUCUCUGUUCACUGAUCACCGCUGAUCUGAAAUCUCCCACCUCUGAAAUAUGAUUGGUCGAUUUGAUACGAUCACUGUGAGAAAUCCUGUGAUGGUAUGACGAGUAACACGGGUGAUUUGCGUGUAACGCACACGUGUUUGGCAAUCGCAUCUAGCCUUUUGUUAUGGGGGCGGAGCUUCCUGUUCAAAUGCUUUGUGGUGCUGGACUGAGAUCAGUGUUACUGAAUGACUGGGAUCAGUCUUCCUAGAUGACUGAGAUCAUUGUUACUUAAUGACUGGGAUCAGUGUUACUGAAUGACUGAGAUCAGUAUUACUGAAUGACUGUGAUCAGUCUUGCAAGAUGACUGAGAUCAGUGUUACUUAAUGACUGGGAUCAGUGUUACUGAAUGCCUGAGAUCAGUGUUCGUGAAUGACUGAGAUCAGUGUUCGUGAAUGACUGAGAUCUGUGUUAGUGAAUGGCUGAGAUCAGUGUUACUGAAUGACUGAGAUCCGUGUUAGUGAAUGGCUGAGAUCAGUGUUACUGAAUGACUGGGAUCAGUGUUACCGAAUGACUGAGAUCAGUGUUACUGAAUGACUGAGAUCAGUAUUGGUGAAUGACUGAGAUCAGUGUUACUGAAUGGCUGGGAUCAGUGUUACUGAAUGACUGGGAUCAGUGUUGGUGAAUGGCUGAGAUCAGUGUUACCGAAUGACUGGGAUCAGUGUUACCGAAUGACUGAGAUCUGUGUUACUGAAUGACUGGGAUUAGUGUUACUGAAUGACUGAGAUCAGUGUUGGUGAAUGACUGAGAUCAGUGUUACUGAAUGGCUGGGAUCAGUGUUACUGAAUGACUGGGAUCAGUGUUUGUGAAUGGCUGGGAUCAGUGUUACUGAAUGACUGAGAUCAGUGUUGGUGAAGGGCGUGGGUUGGAAUGCAGCCUUGGUCAGUCCAAGCAUUGGCUUUUCCAGAGUUUCCAUGAGCAGUCCGGACCCAGACCCUGGUUCUGAUAUGAUCAGCAGCUCUCAAAGUGGUUUACAUAAGGAGCACAGAAACAACUCUUCCUGUUUCAGAGCAAAGCCAUCUGCUACCCAAACAGACAUUGUGUGUGUCAGAUUCUGCUACCCAAAGAGACAUCUGUGUGUGUGUGUGUGUGUGUGAGGUUCUGCUACCCAAAGAGACAUCAGUGUGUGUGUGUGUGUGUGUGUGUGUGAGGUUCUGCUACCCAAAGAGACAUCAGUGUGUGUGUGUGUGUGUGUCAGAGUGUCAGAUUCUGCUACCCAAAGAGACAUCAGUGUGUGUGUUUCAGAUUUUGCUACCCAAAGAGACAUCAGUGUGUGUGUGUGUGUGUCAGGUUCUGCUGCCCAAAGAGAGACAGCAUUGUCCUUGUUGCAGUGCUAUUGCACUGUUCUUUGACUGGACACUUGACACAAACGUUUAUGCAGUUACCUUCAGCCUUAAGUCAGUUACAGCUGACGUUUUUUACCGUCUGCCUAGUGUUCUGCCAUAUUUAAUGUUGUAAUACCGGCUUUACAUGACCAUAAUGCCUCUUUGUUCCAUAAUAUUUUAUAUUGAGAAAUAUAUUUGCAUUAUUUUUUAAAUCUUCCUAGUUGUUUUUGUGUAUUGUUGUUUUUGUUAUGUUCGUUGGCGUUUUGUGUAUUAAAAAUGAUGGUGUCCUUCCUGCUAUUAUGUCUGUAUGUUUUCAGGAGUGUUUGAAUAUGAUGUGGGAAUAAAGUGGAAAAUGCUG